AUGAUGGAUAUCAGCCCUACCUGUUAUGGGUACAUCGACGACGAGCAAGAUCUAGCCCUUGUUUUCCAGGGCGUAUUCAAUGGAAAUUUGAGAUGCAUCGAACGGAGGCCAUAUGAUGCAGAAAAGGUUGAAUUAGUCAACCCCGGAAACAUUUUUGUUUUCAACGAAGAGAAAUCCGGCAUCAAAAGAUGGACAGAUGGUUUUUCUUGGUCUCCUUCAAGAAUUUCAGGCAAAUUUCUCGUAUAUAGAGAGUAUAAUAGGCUGGGUUCCACGCACGAUCUACCGCUGCAUAAUGUACCUGAGUAUAAUAUCUUCGAGAGGGCUCAUAGGAAGUAUUUUUAUACUGGACUACUGAAAAAAACAUUUUCUCUAAAAUUCAAUAUGGAUCCCACCGACAGCACUAAGCUGGAAACAUUUCAUCUUAUUGCGUACUAUACGGAAAAGGAUAUUCAUCAAGGAAGUUUGAGGAGACCUUCAGAAAAUCCUUUCUUCCAUAAAUUUCGACCUUCACAGAAACUAUUAGAUGCUUUACAAAAAGUUGCUGUAGGAAAUGGCAGAUCUAACCCGUCUAAAAAUAAUGAGAGAGGCAGAACCAAAGCUCAUAAUUAUAAAACGCGCAGGUCUUUAUCAUCUUCUCCGAGCUAUUGUGAUCUCUUGAGCAAUUAUAACAACCAUCCUGGAAAUAUUCCAGUUAGGACCGCAGUUCAGUUACCUUUAACCACCUUCAAUAACGCUCCUCGAGAAAUGCACCAACAGCAGCACCGACAACAGCAACAAUAUCUCUUACCCAUAGAUGAACAGAAUAAAUUACCUCUCCCGUAUAUGCAGCACCAGCCACAACCAAUUGGUGUUUACAAUCCUAACUAUCAGCCUGGAUUGAGACGUACGGUCUCACAACCUAUGAUUUUCUGCAAUACAUACAAUACUCUCCCGCAACAACCUACUGCAGCACCUUAUGAACGGCGUGGCGUGUCGCCUUCAGUGAUAUACUCCUCCAAUACAUUGAGCCCAAUACCAUACCAAAAUAUCGAUCCAUACUCUUCGAGGUCGGGUCCUGAAUGCAAUCACUCUAAGGCGCCUAUCGCCCCAACAAUGAUGCCCCCAGUACACCAUAUACUUGUGCAUGAUUACCGACAACCAAAACCAGUCACAGAUUCUAUUAAUCCUCCAAAUGUAAACAUAACCACCUCCACAACCAACAAGAACCUAGAUGGCAUUUAUAUUUUGCCAGCUCCUCGUAUGAAUCCCCCGGCUCAAACACAAUACCAAAUGAUUCAUGCGCCAGACAGCAUGCAACAUCCACCAACAUUUAGUAAAAACAACACAUCAAGCAAUCCUAAAUCCCACCAAUACUCAAAGUAG